AAUAGACUAAUCACCGCCUAUCCCAAUUCCAAACGGCAAUGCUAUUACGGAAAAAACAAAAAAAUAAAAAAAAUUCCAAAUGGCAAUGCUAUUUUCUGCCCCAUCUCCCAUAUAGAAAAUCAUCGAAACUCCUUUUUGCUCUGUAUUUAUUUAUUUAAUUUUUUUCAAUAUAUAUCCGCCAAAUAAAACCGAACACAAAUUCUUUUUUUCACCCAAAACUCCAAAAUUACUGGUAUCGUUGUCAAACCCCUCCAUUCACAACCCCUCAACUUCUUCUCCCUCAAAAUUUCCAUCCAUGUCCUCCCAACCAACACUCCCAAUCUCAAAUCCCCAGCCUACCACCACCACCACCACCCAAACCCAACAGUCCUCCUUCCCAUCCAUACCCGUCCGUGCCAUCUUCACGCGCCUCUCCGGGUACGCCCGCAGCGCCUUCUCCAACCGCCGGCCCUGGACCGAGCUCAUCGAUCGGACCGCUUUCUCCAGACCGGACUCUCUUUCCGAUGCCGCCUCGCGCGUGCGAAAGAAUGCGGCCUACUUCAGGGUCAACUAUCUAACCCUACUCGCACUGGUACUCGCUCUCUUCCUCCUAUCCCACCCCUUCUCUCUCCUCACCCUCAUCGCUUUGCUCGCGGCUUGGCUCUUUCUCUACGCUCUCCGACCGUCAGAUCAGCCUCUCGUGAUCUUCGGCCGUACAUACUCCGAUCCCCAAAUUCUAGUGGGCUUGGGUUUGAUCACGCUGAUCGUGAUCUUGGUGACGAGCGUGGCGUCGUUGCUUAUAACGGCGGUUUUGGUGGGAGUAGCGAUCGUAUGCGCUCAUGGCGCAUUUAGGGAUCCUGAGGACCUCUUCCUCGACGAACAGGAAUCAACCGGGUUCCUCUCCGUGCUUGGUGGGUCCGGUUCUUCUGGACCAGCUUCGGUGGUGGGUCAGACCAUGAUGCACCGCAUUUGAAAUUCGAUCUGAUUUUACGUUUAAGCAAUUUUUGUUUUUUCUUUCACUUUCACGGUGUUUUGUGGAGGAUAAUUGUUGGUAGGAUAAUGUUUGUAGUGUUAUAUUCCAAAAACACCAAAGUGUUAGUAGCGGAUACAUACGAGCUGUUUGUGAAUUUCUCAACGGAAUUUUCUUACAAAUGACAAAUGGAUGAGAAAUGGGCAUACAAAUUUUGUAUUCA